ACCUGCUCAGCGGCUUCGGGUAACGGACUUGCAAAACAAAAAAGAUGUGGUCGAAAAUUGCAUUCUUGGCCAUUGUGGCGCUAGCGACAGCGAAUCCCGUACACGAUGGAGGAGUGGCUGAGAAUUUAGUCAAUGUGGUUUCUGAGUGUAUUGAAACGGACACGUCUUUGUGUCUUAAGGAGAAGGCUCUCAAAUUCACCGAGAGGCUGGCAGUGACCAAGGACAUCAGCAUCUUUGAGGGCAUGACCCUCAUCAACAGCGGAACAGCUCGCUCUGCCCGCAGCUAUGAGCCGUUAGCCGAAGACCCGAAGACCAGGGAAUCUCAGCUCGAGGAGAGAAUCGCGAACAACGUUGGAGACUUCUUGGACAAUCACGUGCUGCAGUUGCGUCUGUCUGACUUGGCUGACAAUGAGUCCCGUGGUCUUGAUGAGGAAGCUCGCGGCAAGAAGAAGAAGAAGAUCAAGAAGAUCCUCCCCCUCCUCCUCCUCCUUAAACUGAAGCUCGCCGCUCUCAUCCCCCUGUUCCUCGGUAUCAUCGCCUUCGCCGCCGCCAAAGCUGUCUUCCUCGGCAAAAUCGCCUUCGCCAUGCAAGCCGUCGGCCUCAUCAGGAAACUCCUCAACAAGGGAGGCUCUUCCCAUUCCUCAGCCCCCAGCAUCUCAUACGGCGCGCCUCAGCAUCACGAUGAGCAUCCAGGAUACAACUACGAACCAGCCCAAGGCUGGGGCAGGAAGGCCCAAGAUGCCCAGUCGAUGGCGUACGCCGGCCAACUGAACUAAUUCGAUAGAUUUUGUGUGAAUGUGUGUGUGUGAGUUUAUUUAUUUUUGUUUGCCGUUGCCAUGUUAAAGUACCUCAAUUAAUUUAUUUAUUUAACAGAAUAAAGAAGUUUAAAAAUAUGA